AUGCUUCUCCUUCCCCGCGGCGGGGAAGCCAACCUGGACGCGGGCCAGUUAUUGACGCUCACCAUCCUCACGCGCGUGGCGUCGGCACUCUCCGCCCUCGGCGUGCUUACCAUCAUCACAACCUUCUGUCUGUCCAGACAUUUCCGCAAUCCCAUGCAUCGCCUCAUUGUCAUCAAUGCCUUUUACAACGCCCUCGAUGUCACGUGCACGAUGAUCUCGACAGGUGGACCGCAGGCCGGCAAUACGUCCGCGCUUUGCCAGUUUCAGGGGUUCCUUAACCAAAUGUUCCCUAUUGCGGAUGUGUUGUGGACCAUGGCCAUGGCUGUCAAUGUUUACCUCAUCGUCUACCGCAGCUAUGAUGUCGAGUCGUUACGACGGCUCGAGUGGAAGUACAUCGUCGGCAUCACCGUCGCUACCUUUAUCCCGGCCUUUGUGCUGCUGUUUAUCAAGACGGAAGAGAAUGGUCCCAUGUACGGGAGUGUAACUAUGUGGUGCGCCAUCGCCCCUAAAUGGGUCUUGUUCCGCAUCAUCCUGUACUACGUCCCAAUAUGGACCUGCAUCAUCAUCACCAUCGUACUCUACCUCCUCGUCGGCAUCGAAAUCGCCAACCGCCGGCGCAUCAUGCAAUCCAUAAGCAGCAACGCCAACCACCAAGCCACAGCCUCCCUCUCCGCCAACGAAACCAUAGAGCGCAACUCCUACGGCAGCACGACCAAACCCACCGUCGACGCCAUCCAAGAGUUCGACCCCACCAGCACAACCGACUCCCCUCGGCCCCCUACCCGCUCCAACACCGGCAGCGACGAGCCCUUCAGCUCCAAAUACUACUCCUCCCACCACCCCACCUCCUCCUCCGCCGCCUCACGCGUCAUCCCCUCCAACCCAUCCUCCCUCUCCUUCCGACAAUACAUCCUCAUGCCACUUUUCUUCUUCAUCGCGCUGCUGCUGGUGUGGGUGGCGCCUUCGACCAACCGGGUAGCGUCGUUCAUCGAGCCGGGGUUCUCAUCCUUCCCAUUGCUGUUGACGGUUGGCGUUACUGGGUCGCUGCGCGGGUUUUGGAAUGGGAUUGUUUUUGUGGUUGUGGGGAUGCGGUCGUGGAAGAGGAGGAAGCAGUCGGAUGAGUUGGCUUUGAGGCCUGUUACUAGGGAGUAA